AUGGAUGCUGAGCAGGUCGCUCCGAAUUGGGAUCAAAUUCCACAAAUUUUCAAGUUGGAUCUUAUCAAGCGCCUAGAUUUCAAAUCAUGGUUUGUUGGUUUUGAGCUGAAAUUUCUUUUUUUCUACAACUAGAAAUUAACAUUCCCGCAUUUUCAGCUGUAACUUCCGAAAGUGUGCAAGUGCUGAACGAGGGCUUGUUGAUCGACGUCCGAUUUCUCUGGAGUUUGCCGGUAUUUCCGCUCCCUUGAUUUCGUCUUCGCAUGUUUCCCACUUCAAACUGAGCAACUUUUCGGACAACAGGACUUAUAUUGCAAAUGUGAAAUACCCGACGGAAAAUGCGAUCGCCGACUUCCUAUUUCUCUUCAAUAACAAAACGUCGCUCGUCAAACGUGUGGAUAUCGGAAACUUCAAUCAAUUGGAGCUUCUCCCUCUUUUUAUCAGCAAACUGUCGGAGAAACUCAAAGAACUCGGACCUGGAUUCAAAAUCAGAGCCCAGCAACUAGGCUGGAAAUCGUACACGUAUUCUGGAGAAGAGUUCUUGGACGUAUUCAAAUGGUUCGAUGCUAAACUUUUGGAGAAAGUGGAGAUCUCUACGAUGGAAAGAUGGUCUGAUGACAAAAUGAAUGAAAUCGGAGAGACUGAGCAGUGGAAGAACUUGAAGCGAGUUCACGUUCUCAACGACGUUCCCAUCUCGAUCCGCCACUUUCUGCACUUGGAGUCAUUCGAGAUUCAGAAGAAAAAUGCGACAGCGUGUGAUUACUGGGAAGUGAUAAUGGUUAGUUAAGAUUGUUCUCAACAUUAUAAUACAAUCAGAACAAUUUCAGAGCUACCGAAACAGAGAUCUGCCCGUCGAGAGUCACUUUAGAAUGCUUUCAAAUAGUACAUUGCUAUACGAACAAGUUUACGCCAAGUUUGACGUCCCAAAACACCACGAGGAAAUGCUAAGAGCGUGAGUUAAAGGAAAUCCAGUUUUGCAACAGUAUUAACUUGAGGUUUAAGAAUACAAUUCCUACUUGGCGUUGAAGUUAGUGUACAUUGAUAAAUAAGGGCGAAAUUAGCCAGGAUAAAUCCGAAAAAAUAAAAAAGUACAGGUUGAUGAACGUUGAAGGUUGAAAUAAUGUAUAGAGAACACAAGUCAUUAUAAAAUUUAGUUUGACUCUCCACCUUACGGGGGUAUAAAACUCUCAUUAAAAUAAAGUGCUUGUUUCAGCCGCAAUUACACCUACCAUCACAUCCAAAAGUUCCCGACAAUCAACAAGGACAACGUUCUGCUUGUUCUUUUCAAUAGCUGGUCAGUUGAAGGAGUCGUCUGCCGAGAGAAUCACUUUGUUGAAGACAUCAAGAUUGCCUUCAGCUCGUGA